AUGGACGCGCAGCGACCAAUCUCUCAGAAGUUGCCCGCGGGGUUGGCAGGGGUCUUAAAUCCAGAUGAGAACCGCGACUCGGCCUACUUCUCUAGUACAGAUGCAUCCAGCAAGCACAACUCUGCUGCCUCCUGUGUAGGCAACGUCCUCAGUCCCACCGGCUCAGGCUACCAGUCAUCGUUGGCCGACAAGACGCCCUCUCCCGUCACCGCGAACCUAGUACCCCAACCCCUUGUGUCGCCCGCGAGCAACAUGAGCGUCGCCUCCAUGGUUUCGCCGACGACACCCGGGAGUGCCGAUCCGCGUAGAUUCGAACGACCGACGUCCUUGAACUCGGAUCCGCAACUGCUUGCUCAAGACUUCGGCACCGCUUCACGCAGAGAAAGUGUCGACAGCAGGAUAAAUCAGGGUUUUCACGAGAUGAGGCUAGGCGGAAACUCCCCCUACGCAAGUCACAACCAGUCGACAACGUCGAUUCAAAAUACUCUUAACCAGCAAAGGAACCCGCGUCAGGGUCUGGACAAUCUCUCGGUACACCGCAUCUCCAACGGCUACCAGCCAAGUAAUGACAGAAAUCCUGACCCUAAUCCAAAGAUCAUCCGAACCGCACCCGCCAUCACCGGACCCGCUACCAGCAACAUCGCGAGGGCUGCCGAGCCGACUAAGGGUCAAGCUUGGGCCUUCCCGGAGGAGGAGAUUCAGCGAAUCGGGCCUCACGAUGCCUACCUUGACUCCAGACGCAGUAGUGUUGCCGAAUCCAUCGCCAGCAGUCAGUUUACCACCGAAUCGAGGUUGCCCCCGGGCCAAAGACGCUUGGACGAGCCUACCGACUUCAACAAUCGCCUCUCGAGCACCUCAUCCGAUUUCCCUCCAGUACACCACCACUCGCUGCAACAUAAGCAGAUCGGAGAUCUUCGCGAUGACGACGCCGCCUCGAGAACAGGAGCCCAGCCUUACAGUCGCACCCCAGAGCUGCGUAAGAGUCAUAAAUUGGCGGAGCGAAAGAGGAGAACGGAAAUGAAGGAGCUGUUCGACCAGUUGCGAGACUUGAUGCCCCAAGAGCGGGGUUCCAAAGCUUCCAAGUGGGAAAUUCUUACAAAGGCAAUUUCUGAGCACCAGCGUAUGGCGGAUGUCAUUCGGAUUGUCCAGGGACAAAAUAAUACCGUGAUGCAGGAGAACGACGCCAUGCGACAGGACAAUCAUAACCUCCGAGUUGAUAUUCAGCGGCUCCAGGGUGAACUGCACAACCUCCGAAUGCAACAAGCGCCAACAGGCCAGGCUCCCCCGCAAGCCCAAGUACCACCGCCCCCUCAGCAAGCACCUUAUCAGACAGACCCCUACACAAGUCGUCGCGAGCUCCCGCCUAUUAGAGGGCUGAACGGCGCGAUUCCCAAUGGGCCUGACUCUAUGACCGGCGUACAGUACGAAGCACCUAGAGUCAACGGCGGUUAUCGUCCUGCAGAGGCGAGGCAGUCCAUUCGUCGCGCAGCCACCCGCGCCAGCUUGACCAGCGCCAUCUCGGCCGCUGCGUCCGCCGCGCCCAAGACGCAGUCCAUCGCCUUUGCCCUGCGCUCCGCCAACGCUGUGAGAUGCUUCUCCGUCGCCGCCCCGAGAGCCUUCUCCCGCUCCAUCGUCUUGUGCGAGGAGGAGCAGCAGCAGUCGCAGCGGUAUGCGUCCGAGGGCGCGAACCGUCCUCCCCCGAGUGAACACUGCAUCUUUGUCCAGAACUACCCCUUCAAGGUCUCCAGAGACGAGAUCGCUGAGGCGUUUGCCAAGUUCGGAGAGGUCGUUGGCGUUUCGCAGCCUCCCAGGAAGACUUUCUGCUUCGUCUACUACAAGGACGCAGCCUCCGUCCAGGAGGCCGUUCGGGAGGUGGACGGCACCUUCUGGCAUGGUCGUCGCAUCGCCGUCAAGGAGACCGAGGCCAAGGCUCCGAACUCUGAGAGACGCUCAAGGCCCGACCGUCGGCCCGUAGACAACAACGCUCCGACGGACACGCUCUACGUCGGAAACUUGUCCUUCGAGGCCACCGACGCGGAGCUGAACGAGCUUUUCGGCGUCUUCCAGAAUGUCAAGGACGUGCGUGUCGCGGUCGACAAGAUGACGGGCUGGCCUCGCGGGUUUGCCCACGCACAGUUCCACUCGGUUGAGGCUGCGCAGGAGGCCAGAGCCGCGAUUGAGGGCAAGGUUCUCCGCGGGCGUGAGGUCAGGGUCAACUUUGCGGUUAGCAAGCAGGAAGAAGACCCCAGAGCCGUCAACAACCGCAGGGCUCGUAACGCGCGGGCCAGGGAGGCCGAGGGCGAUGCUGCUCAGGCCGAGGAGCAGAGGAAGCACCAGACCAACAACUGGGACGCCUAA